UUUGCAGGAAAUUGCCAGAACAACAAGAAGGCAGCCAGCCAGAGCCAUGGGAGACCCAUAUUAAAUCUGCAAAGCCUGCAGGGGGCGAAAUGAAUAUUUUCUUUUGCUGGUCACACAAUUUGCAAUUCAGGUAUGAAUGAUCUCUUUUAACUGGAGAUCUUCUCAUUUUUUGAGCAUCACCAAGAUAUCUUCAUGUGAAAUCCAGCGGAAUACAACCCACAAAGAUGUGCAUUUCUCAUACAAUGGAUAAGAGUAGCCUCUUUUGUCACGAUCCUUUCUGCUUAGAUAUCCUUUGAAAGGGUAGUAGCAAAUAUUUGGUUUGUUAUUUUUACUCAACAGACUUGCUUUUGAGGAGUAAUUGUACAGUUGAAAACUUCCAAGAGUCCUUUGCGACUGCUGUAUGGGGACAUUGCCUCUGUUUAAACAUUGGCGGACAAAAUGGCUACUGAACUGAGGUCUGGGGGAGUUGUGAACUUCUCCAUCCAGAAUGUUCCACAACAUGGUGUCAAUGUGGAUCGAAAUAUGGCGGAGGAAGCCCGUGCAAAGACCGUAGAUGCUGAAGGGGAAAGGAUUACCCCCCGGGUAAUCCAAGUAGGGACUAUUGGAGAGUUUCUAGGUUGGGUGGCUCCCCAAGAUUUGGUCCAAGGAUCUGAGGAAGGCUUGGCUCAACGCUGGGAAGCCCAAUGGCAGGAGGUCUUGAAGGCCGUGCAGCCCGUUCCCAUUGAGUGUGGGAUCCAACAACCGUCAAAAACAUUGCCCUGGGACUUGAGCGGUGUAGUCACAGACGGCAAACAGUGGCCGAACGGAGAAGUGGUGGCCCAGCUCUUGGUGGACAAUGGUGCAACUUUUCAGGGUCCAGAUUUUGGAGGAAACAGGGUGGUGGCGAAGGAAGGGGCCACGGGAGAAGACCCUGUCAAAACUGAGGCCCAGCGGCGACAUUUCCGGCAGUUUCGCUACCUGGAGGCUGUAGGUCCUCGGGAGGUUUGCAAGAGGCUCCGGGAAUGUUGUCGGCGAUGGCUGAUGCCGGAUAGACGCACCAAGGAGCAGAUCUUGGAGUUGAUGAUCCUGGAGCAGUUCCUGACCAUCCUACCUCAAGAAAUGCAAAGCUGGGUCAGAAGCCACUAUCCCCAAGUCUGCUCUCAAGCGGUGGCCCUGGCAGAGCAUUUUCUCAGAGAACAGCAGCAACAAGUCAAGGUGCUGGCGCCAUGUGAGGAGGUGGUUGUAGUCUCUCCUGAGACAGACUGGACUCCAUUGGGCUCAGGACUAAGCAGACCAGUCCACAGGGAAGCUCAGCUUUUCAAUGGUCAGGAACUCAGAUCAUCAGGGAGCAUCAGAUGCCCGGAUGCUUAUGCUCUUUCUUCCAGCAAGAGAACCAUGAAUGAGAAUAAGGUGGACACAUCUCAUCACCAAGGCAUUUCCGAACUGCCCGUGCUCCUCGGGACUUUAUCAGGACAAUCCGACCUGCUUGAGAUCAGCCAUGGGCUGGAGGCGAACGAGAAUGGGACGGAGCCGCUUGAGGGGUGGGAGGAAGCCACCCUAUGCAGCGAAGGCGUAUAUGAGACAGUAGUUCGCCUGGAGGAACAUGGGCACUGGUGCCUUGAAUGUGGCGAAAGCUUUCUGGACGCCUUGCAACUGGAGAGGCACCAAAAGACACAGCAUUCGGGGCGUAAGCGUCCCGAGUGCCCGGAGUGUGGGAAGAGUUUCCGGGACCUUUCGCACGUCCUUCGGCAUCAGACGGUUCACACAGGCGAGAAACCGUAUGCCUGUUCCGAGUGUGGGCAGAGCUUCACCCAAAAACCAGCUCUGAAUAGACACCUGAGAAAACAUUCAGAAGACAAGGACUUCCCAGGUUUUGAAAUCACCAUCAGGCCUCCAAGGAACCACAUAGGAGGUCGCAAACGUCCCGAAUGCCUGGAGUGUGGGAAGAGCUUCCGGGACGUUUCUCAAGUCCUUCGGCACCAGACAGUCCACACAGGAGAGCGGCCUUAUAGCUGCCUCGAGUGUGGCCAAAGCUUCACACAGAAACCUGCUCUCAACAGGCACAAGAGAAAACAUCUGGAAGGCAAACACUACACAGGUGAUGAGGAAGUAGGUGUGAACCUAGGAAACAGCCACACGGCACCGAUAACACCACAAGAGGACAUCGCCAGUGUCUUCAGCAAUAGAGACACCUUGAACAACUGGCCGACCAAGAAUGAGCAUCUCAGACCUGUGGCAAGCAUAGCUGGAGGAUUGAAAGACAUGAGGAGAAGCCUGAGCCGCAGGGGGCAAAAGAAGCACUGGUGCUUUGUCUGCAUGAAAGGGUUUCGGGACAAAGCGGACUUGGUUCGGCAUGAGAGGAUCCACACGGGAGAAAAACCUUACACGUGUCUGGAGUGCGGAAAAAGAUUCACCUACACAUCGAGUUUGUACAAGCAUCAGGCGACCCAUCGGCAAUCGAACAAUUCCCAGAGGAACCAAUCCAAGGAAGGCGACUGCAGCAAAAACAUUCUUUCAAAUGUAGAAGUUCCUGAAAAUGGGGCUGGUGGAACAUCAAAGGAUAGGAUAAAAGUGAAGGUAGAGGACUGUGAUGACAAAUCUCACACAGGCCCAAGGCUCCUCUCUAUGGGAAAUUUAGCUGAGAGGUGAAAAGGGAGGGAUGGUGUUUACUAUUUUGAACAUAGCCAAUUAAACAGUUGUCUUUAGUUCUCACCCUAGGGUUGUCAGAGUGAAAACUGGAGAGGGCUCCUAUUCUUUUAACGGUUGUGUAGAAGAGGGAAUUUCAACAGGGGCUGCUUAUCACACACAGGUAGCAAGCCAUACCUGCUGAAAUUCCCUCUUCUAUGUAAAUAUUCACAAUCUGGAGCCCUCUUCAGUUUUCAGUCUGGCAAUGCUGGUUCAGGCCAACAGCUUGUGUGUACAUAUGUAUAUGGAUGAUUUUUCCUAUGUUCAACUGUAAUUACAAUAUAGUAUUAAUAUUAAUAAUAAUUAUUAUUAUUUACGGUAGCACUGGGUUUUGUUGACCUGUGUCACAAAUACUAUCUUCUUUCUCCGUUUCAAUAAAAUGUUCAACUGAU